AUGUCUCUACCACCUCAAGAUCCUACGAGAACUUCAUAUCAACAACCAAAUCCGCAACGUCUCAUCUUUCCAGGUCAACAAAACCUAGGUCAACAAAAUCUGGGUCAACAAAACCUAGGUCAACAAAAUCUUGGUCUACAAAAUCUUGGUCAACAAAGCAUUGCUUACCCAAGACCAACAUCAACAGGUAUUCGUGGUCCACCAAUUCCACAACACAAUUCUCCAUACACUACCCCAUACGCCAAUAAGCAACCCGUUCCACCAAGACAAAAUGGCAACAAUGGAGUAUCUGCCGAACAACAAAUUGCUCAAGGCAUCCUGAGUAAUACUACGAAUGGCCAAACUUCUCAACGACAGCCUCAGAGACAAAAUGGACCACCGCCCAUGGGUACGAUAAUUCACAUGGCCCCUCAACAUACCCCGCAAAACCAAUCCAUGACUGUCAAUCACGCCGUUCACCCAACGCCCCCAUCCGCCAUGGGUCAAGCUCGAGAAUUUGCAGCUCAGCAACGACAGUCACAAUCUCCCGCGUUGCAAGGACAAAGUCUUGGCAUUCAACGACCUGCCAUGAACCAAUCCCCCGCCAACUCUAACCUCGGGUCUGCGAGACCGCAAGAUUCACCGGCAAGCUCCGCUCAGGACAUGUCCAUGAUUGAUCCUCAACUUUCACUCGAUCAACAAUUGGAUCCAAACAAUUCCCUUCUUUCUCCGGCGGAUGCACAUAAUGAAACUGAAGCUCCAGAAGUGGACCCAGAUGACAUGCUAACGGCUCCACCAGGAGGUAGCUAUCCAACUUUUGAGGCUCUGUUUUCAGCUGCACAGGCACAUGCUUUGACACAUGGUUAUGCGUUCGUUAUUGGCAGAUCCAAACGUGACAAUAGAGGCUUGAAGAAAGUAUUCCUUAUAUGUGAUCGCGGCGGAACCAACAAGGAAAAGGUUCCGGGUGAACAGCGACAACGUAAAACCAAGUCACGUAAAUGCGGUUGUGAGUUUGGAGUCUUUGGUCUCGAAAACAAGACUGCUUGGCUUUUACGAGGUCGAAUUGAUGGAGAGCACUUAACACACAAUCAUCCGCCGAGCGAGAGUCCCACGGAGCAUCCGGGAGCUAGAAAGUUAGAUCCCAUUGCAAUUGCGGCCGUAAAGGCUCUCGAGGAAAAUGGUGUAUCUGUAAAAGAUACUCUCGAGAUUCUCCACCGCGACAAUCCCACCGUCCGUUUCCUCCCCCGCGACAUCUAUAACGCCCGAGCUGCCAUCAAACGAGAUCCCUCUCGCGUAGAACCCACAGCUAUGGAAUCCCUCCCCACUUUUUACAAAAAGCCCCCCAUGACAUUCGAAGAAAAGCUCCGCGCCGAGCUUCGAACCGAGGUUGCAAAAGCCCAAGCAGACGUGGAGAAAGUCAAGGCAGAUUGGAAGAGAGAGGUAGAGGAACUGAAAGAAGAGUUGAGACAAAAGGAGGUUGUGAUUAAGAAAUUUGAGAUGUUUAUUGAUAUUUGUAAUGAGAGGGUAAUGAUUCGAAGAGAGGAGUUGGCGGAUGGGGGAGAGGCGAGCGCAAAUCCUGCGGCUUAA